ACCUCCGUCCCUGAGACAUGUCCUGCUACAACCAGUGCCUGCCAGCCCAGCCCUGUGGCCCGACCCCACUGGCCAACAGCUGCAAUGAGCCCUGCUUCAGGCAGUGCCAGGACUCCACCGUUGUCAUCCAGCCCUCCCCUGUGGUGGUGACCCUGCCCGGCCCCAUCCUCAGCUCCUUCCCGCAGAGCACCGCCGUGGGAUCCUCCACCUCUGCUGCUGUUGGCAGCAUCCUCAGCUCUCAGGGAGUGCCCAUCUCCUCCGGGGGCUUUGGCCUCUCUGGCUUCGGCAGUAGCUACUGUGGCAGGAGGUUCUUCCCCUGCUAAAG